AUGGCGGACAAGUAUGCCGCACAGGACCUCUCCGAUGCCGCCCUGGGAGGGCCGAUUGGCCUGAAAGACGGCUACUUUAUCGACGGACACGGCCGCACGCUCACGCUGCACGGCCUCAACAUCUCGGGGGCCAGCAAGCUGCCGACGAAACCCAACGGCCUGUCCCAUCUCACCGACGGCUUCUUCGAGCACCGCACCGUAACCUUCGUCGGCAGACCGUUUCCCCUACAAGACGCCCCGCUGCACUUCCGCCGCCUGCGGGCCUGGGGACUCCCCCUCGUUCGCCUCCUCGUCACGUGGGAGUCCCUCGGCCACGCCGGCCCGGAUCCCGAGACGGACCUUGACUUUGAGUACAUUGAUUACCUGCGCCAGCUCAUCGAGCUCAUGCCCAAGUACGGCAUCAAGUGCUUCGUCUGCGCCCACCAGGACGUCUGGAGCAGGUUCAGCGGCGGGAGCGGCGCCCCCGGGUGGACUUUCGAGGUCGCGGGGCUCGACGUCGAGGCUUUCACCGACACGGGCGCCGCCUAUGUACACGGCCAAGAUGAGCUGCGCCGCGCCAAUGCGCCUGUCAACGAGAAGGAGCCCAGCGGUCCCUUCGUGUGGCCUUCGGGGUACCAGAAGCUGGCUGCGUCGACAAUGGCCACGCUGUUUUGGGCGGGAGAUGCUCUCGCGCCAAACCUGCGCUGUCCGCGGCCCCCGAGCUCGUCGAAAGGCGACACUGUUUCCGUGCGGGAGUACCUCCAGCACGCUUUUAUAGAAGCGUUUGGCCGACUGGCCGACGAGGUCAGCGGUCUUGAGGCCUGCGUUGGGUUCGAGCCGUUGAACGAGCCGCAUCGCGGCCUCAUCAACCUCCACGGGUUUGACGGGUGGAACUAUGACACCGACCUCCACAUCGGAUAUUACCCGUCUCUAACACAAGCUCUUGCGCUCGCCAGCGGCUACGCCCAAGAGGUGGAUUACUACGUGAAGUCGUGGCCGUUCCCAACCCGCGUCUCGCACCGAACUCUCGUCGACCCCAAGGGAAGAUCGGCUUGGUUGACUGCGAAGCCAGACGCUGCAAAGCCUCAGAACUACGGCCUGGGCGAGUGUGUAUGGCGCGCUCACGGUGUUUGGGAAUGGGACGAGACGAAGAAAGGCCCGAAAGUGCUGCAGAAGAACUACUUCGAGGUGGACCACCGGCCGGGCAGCGAAGGGAACCCUAUCGAGUGGUACAGAGACUUCUACGGCCCGUUCCUGAAGCGCUUCUCUGACCGCGUCUCCCGCAAAUCCCCUCGCCAAUUCUGCUUCUUUGAGCCCAUACCGAACGAGUUCAUGCCGCCUUGGAUCGGGCAGGGGGACAAAGCGGACGAGUCGGCGCAGAAGCAGACGUAUGCGACCAAAACCAUCAUCGACACCCAGAGGCCGGAUAACCUCGUGUUUGCGCCUCACUUCUACGACCUCAACGUCUUGUUCAGCAAACACCACUCGUGGAUGAGCGUCAACGUGCAGGGCGCGUCGAGAGGCAUGUUCAUACUCAAGGCGCUCCACUUCGGCGCGAAGGCACUGCGGAAGAACUACCGCCUCCAGCUUUCUAAUAUCCUGAGGUACGGGAGGAAGUCGUUGGGCGGCCACGUCCCGGCCCUCAUCGGCGAGGUCGGCAUCUCCUUUGACAUCAACGGCGGCGCGGCGUUCAAGACCGGCAACUACGACAAGCAGCGCGAGCUGAUGCACGCCCUCAUCUCGGCCAUGGAGGACAACCAGGUCGCCUUCACGCUGUGGAACUACAACCCCGACAACCGCGUCGAGUACGGCGACGGCUGGAACAUGGAGGACUUCUCCGUCGUCAACGGCAACACCGAAGCCAAGCCCGGCCACAUCCUCCCCGACUACGCCAACGAGGCCCACGAGGAGGACGAAAUGUACCGCGGGGGCAGAGUGCUGGACGUCAUCAUCCGCCCCUAUGCCGUCAAGGUUGCCGGACGGCCCCUGCGGUCGGACUGGGACCCCCGAACCCUGCAUUACGAGUUUGAAUGGGCGACAGAGACCCCCGACGCGGACCAGACAGGGAAGAAGCAGUCGGACAAGUCGCGGACGACCGAAGUAUUUGUGCCCAAUUAUCACUAUGCUGGACGCGGCAUCCAAGUCAAGGUCAGCGGGGGGGAGUGGUCGUACGACCCGGACCUGCAGACGCUCUACGUCCAUCACGACGCCAGCAGGACCGAACACCGGUUGACCAUCGAUAUUCCUAACGUGCCGAAACACCUCAUGGAGACGGUGGAACGGCGACGCCGCGCGUUCCCGCCACGCUUCCCCCUGAGCCUGGUCUCGCCCAGCACCGAACUGGCGAUGGAGGAGUUGAUGCUGACGGUGCUGCUGCCGGGUCUCGUGCUCAUCCUGCUGGCGGUGGCACAGAUGUUUAUCUGA